CCGAGCCGCCGACGCCGCCGACGAUCACAGGAGACGCCGGCCGACGCGUUUCGAGCCGCCGCCGACGCCACUACAGUCGCCAUGAACCGCCUCUACUGCGCACGCUGCCAGGGCGAGAUCCACAAGGGCAGAGCCGUCUUCAUGCUCUGCGACCGCGCUUACUGCAGCCAAGAGCACCGGCUGGACGCCUUCAACGCCCUCUCCUGGUGCCCCGUGAGCGACAGGCUCAGCACGCCUGUCGAUCAGGAGAGGAUGAGCCGCAAGAGGCGUUCAGCGUCUCCAGUGCCGAUACCGAGCCCAGCCAAGGACGCUCGGACGCGCAUAUUCGAUCUGCCAUUCCGCCACUGGACGGGCGUCGGUGUGCAGUCAGCGUGAGACUGCCGCGGCUUGUGACACGAGGGAGCAUGGAGCAUGAAGCAUGGAGCGUGUAGGGUAGAUGUUAGAAGGUCAGAGAUCGGCAGCAGCUGUGCACAGCCGUGAGCGGUGGCCUCCCACCCUCCCUUCGUCGGAGCGUCAACGCGAACAAUCAACCGUCAGGUCCGUCAUGUCUGUGUGUGGCGUGUGGCGCGUAGCGCGUCCUAGUCCGCAUGGGAGAUCGCCAUCUUGUUAAAGGCC